CUGUCCAUAAGUCAACGCCGAGAUCUCUCUUCCUCUAGUUUAAAAUUCCUAGUCAAAGAAAAGAUAUUGUGUGCAGGACCAUUUCUUAGACAAAAUUAUAUAACCUGGUCAAGUCCCAUGUCGAAAUAUAUUACCAGUUGUGCUCUUGAUCGCCUGGUGAACAACAAUACCAGAACGGGAGAGAUGUCGCAGAACGGCAAAAUGGAUUCGGGUGAGAAGCGGCUCAAUGAGCUGGGAUACAAGCAAGAACUUAGAAGAGAAAUGACUUUGUUCAAGACUCUAGCAAUAUCAUUUUCAACAAUGACCCUUUUCACUGGGAUCACUCCCCUUUAUGGUUCGAGCCUACUUUAUGGAGGUCCUGCUAGUCUUGUUUGGGGAUGGAUUGUUGUGUCAUUCUUCACUUGGUUUGUUGGAAUUGCCAUGGCUGAGAUCUGUUCCUCCUUCCCAACUACUGGUUCUCUUUAUUUCUGGGCUGCCCACUUAGCCGGACCAAAAUGGGGUCCAUUUGCAUCAUGGUGUUGUGCUUGGCUUGAGACAAUAGGGCUUGUUGCUGGCAUGGGAACUCAGGCAUAUGCAGGAUCACAAACACUGCAGAGUAUCAUUCUGUUAAGCACUGGUACAAACAAAGAUGGAGGGUACUUUGCUCCUAAAUGGUUAUUCUUAUGUAUGUACAUUGGUCUCACAGUCAUCUGGGCAUUUCUGAACACAUUCGCUCUAGAAGUGAUCGCCUUCAUCGAUGUAAUUUCAAUAUGGUGGCAGGUAAUCGGGGGGUUGGUUAUUGUUAUAAUGCUUCCUCUCGUUUCUCUGACGACAAAAUCUGCUUCAUAUGUAUUCACACAUUUCGAAAUGGCACCUGAUUCGACAGGAAUAUCGAGUAAACCUUACGCUGUCAUUCUGUCCUUCCUCGUCAGUCAGUAUUCACUCUACGGAUAUGAUGCUGCAGCACAUCUAACAGAAGAAACAAGAGGAGCAGACAAGAAUGGUCCUAUUGCUAUUCUGUCAAGCAUUGGUAUCAUUUCAGUCUUCGGAUGGGCUUACAUCUUGGCUCUUACAUUCAGCAUUCAGGAUUUUAGCUACCUGUAUGAUCCAACUAAUGAGACUGCUGGGGCAUUCGUGCCUGCGCAAAUUCUCUAUGAUGCCUUCCAUGGAAGGUACAACAGUUCAACCGGAGCGAUCAUUUUAUUGGUUGUGAUAUGGGGUUCCUUCUUCUUUGGUGGACUAUCGAUUACUACAAGCGCAGCCAGAGUGGUGUAUGCUCUUUCAAGGGAUAAAGGAAUUCCUUUUUCGAACAUAUGGCGACAAAUACACCCGAAACACAAGGUCCCCUCGAAUGCAGUGUGGCUCUGCGCGUUAAUCUGCAUUCUUCUUGGACUCCCAAUCCUGAAAGUCAAUGUGGUUUUCACUGCCAUAACUUCCAUAGCUACAAUUGGAUGGGUUGGUGGGUAUGCUGUUCCAAUCUUUGCAAGAAUGGUAAUGCAGGAGAAAAACUUUAGGGCUGGUCCAUUUUACUUGGGCAAAGCAAGAAGACCGAUUUGCUUCAUCGCCUUUAUAUGGAUCUGUUAUACAUGUUCAGUGUUUCUAUUGCCUACAUACUACCCAAUUUCUUGGGAUACUUUCAAUUAUGCACCAGUGGCUAUAGGUGUUGGUUUGGGUCUAAUAAUGCUCUGGUGGGUGUUGGAUGCAAGAAAAUGGUUCAAGGGUCCUGUUAGGAACAUUGAUGAUAAUCUGACUGAGAAGGUUUGAUUUUUCAGGACAUUAGUAAGAACAGACACAGACACACACACAAUACUAGAACUAGAUUAUACUGUCAUUGUACUUAGAAAAUAUUAGUCAUUCUGGUCCUGAGGAGGAUACUCUAGGGCUGAAUUUUGAAUUUUCAUUGGUCGUAGGCUUCUAGUGCGCACCUUUAAAAUUCCAGGAAGCCAACUUUUGGAAGUAUUUUUUCCUUCCCUGUUAUUGUUUCUCUGAUUAGCUGUAUAGUUUUGUGUUGAAUAGCAGUGGUUUCGGUGUUA